GUGUCAUAUGAGGGAUUGGAGAAAUGAUACCUGGCAGUAUUUAAUGAAAGGAAGGGCAUUGUCAAGCCCCUCAGCCAAACAGUCUCCUCCGUUUAACAAAAAGAGGGACUAAAAGUAACAGAUUGAGAUUAUGAUAUAGUUUAUUAUUUCCCUGAAGUGGAUGAUUUUUAUCUGUUAGAUUGAGAAGACUAAAAGUAACAAAUACCUCAGUCUGUUAGUUCUUUUUUUUUUUUUUUGGUACAUUGCCAGGAGGUAUCCUCAUUCAACCUUCUCCGGGCACCAUGCCCUCGGGGUACGGCCCGUUUGGGCUAGCCCCUCAUUGUAACAGUGGGUGCACUAAGCUUCGCAACCGGAGAAAGGACGAGACUAAUCCCCCAACCGAAGAUUUUUUGGCUUAUCCUCUGGCCCCCAAAGACAGUCUGUUAGUUCUUUAUCUAAAUGGGUGGAUGAUUUUGUAUCUGUUAUUAUUCUCUUCUUUAUGUAUUCAACUUUCAUUGGUUGAUUGUUCUGACAACUUACAGCUUCAAUCUUGAGAAAUUGAUGGGCCACCUUCUGAAUCUACUCCAUGGAACAGUUCUGUUAAACAAUUUCUGCUUCUAUCACUGCCCUAAAUUGCGAAUUACGGGUAUGAUUGUGUUGAUAUGGUUUUAGCUUCACAAGGAUUAAGAAAUUGUCACUUGUGGUUUCAAAACCAGGGAUAGAAAGAAGGGGUGGCAUCAAAAGACUCAAAACAGUGGAAAUGAGAGGGGAAUAAAUAGAUGAGUAGAAAUGAGUAGGUUGUCUUUCAGGCCUCGACCACUUGACAUUCACAAGAAGCUCCCCAUUGUCAAGUCCAUCAAGGACUUUGAAGAUGAUGAGGCACCCGCAUCUACCCGUAAUUCGCAAUUGCUACGUGUUGUUCCUGAGGUUGAAAAUGAGGUACAUCAAGCUCCCAGCAAGAAAUUGGCUGCUGAAAUACCUACUCCUCAGUAUGUUGUUGUGGAUACAUACGAAAGGGACUAUUCUUGCACUUUCUCUCAACCAACUUCCUAUUUGCGGGCUAGAGGAGCUCGGGCUGAGAUUGGAGAGUUUGUUGAGUAUGACUUGGACAAUGCAGAUGAGGAUUGGCUUUUAGAGUUUAAUGAAGAAAGGAAGAUUCUGACACCUGAAAUGUUUGAGAGUCUUAUUUUCAAGUUGGAGGUAUUGGAUCAUAAAGCUCGUGAAAGAGCUGGACUUAUAACACCUACUCUCGGUUCACCAAUUCCUGUGCAAUUGUGGCUUGAUACUGCUAUUGAGGUAAAAAAUUAUGGUGUCUUUACAUGUUCAAAAUCCAUCUUUCAAAUCCGUUUUUUUCCUAUGUUGCAAACAACCCUUUUUAAUCUUUCUUUCCUAUAUUUAUUUAUUUACUUAUGUAUUUAUUUAUUUCUUAUUUAUUUUUCUUUUCCCUCAAUUUUUUCUUGCUGUUUGUUUGGGUUUAUUGACCGCCAACUUCAAUUUGUUUGGAAUACAGGGGAUAUUGAUGGUGAUGUAUGUUGGUUGGUCUAGCUGCUAGAAUUAAUUAAGUUUAAUUAAUGCUUAAUUAUUUUGUACUUGGUUUACUAAGAACAGGCACUUUUCCUCUGGCUUUUGAAUGAUUCAUCAUUAGUGUAUGAGCUGGGAAAGAUGUAUUUCAUAUUAAUGGUUCUAGCUGUAGUAUGCUAAAAAAAUUACUUGCCAUUUGUCCGGAGAUGAUGGCAUGAACAUACUUUAAUCAAACUUUUUAAAAGUUCUUUUUCAAAUGUGCAUAUGGAGAACCUCACUUGAUGAAGUUAUCAUUAAACCUCCGAGAAAUCAAAUUUAUGAGAGCAAGAGUGAUAUUUUAAAAAUAAGUUAUGCAAUGUAAUCAGAAAAGGGUGGUAUUCUGAAAAAAAGCUGGUACUACAAGUCCAGGUUCCAGAAAAUACAAAACCUAGGCUUCACAGAUUUUUAGUAUGAAAUAAUGAAUGAACUUGAAUGGCUAUAUGUUUCAAGGAAAAAAUCCUUUAUAUUUUCAAAAGAUUCCUUUGUCUUAUGUUAUAAACAAAGUCUUCAGAAACGCCAUUUAGAUACCUAAGUCUAAUGAUUUCCCUUAAAGUUUUUCUUGGUCUCCGUCUAACUCUAAUUAUUGGGCUGUCCUCCAUUUGAUCAACUCUUAUUAUUAGGGCUUCUUCUCACAUGACCAUAUGAUCUUAGGCCAGAUUCUACCAUAUUUUGCCCAAUAGGUGCUACCUCUGCUUUCUCUCUAAUGCAUUUGUUCCAAAUUUUGACUUUUAUUUCCACUCAUCCACCACAACAUUCUUAUUUUUCCAACACUUAGCUUAUGCUCUUGUUGGCUUUCUACUACCCAACAUUCAUACGUUAAAGCAUUGUCAAUUUUAUGGCUGUGCAGUAAAAUUUUCCUUUGAGUUUGAGAGGCACCUUUCAAUCACAAAUAACACCUAAAGCAUUUCUCCAUUUCAUCCACCUAGCUUGAAUCCUAUGUUUUACAUCUUCUUUUUCUCUAUCACUUUAAACAAUAGAUCCAAGAUACCUAUACAGUACUGAGUUAAUAUUAUCCCCCUAUGAGUUCUAUUAUCUAAAUUAUAAUCGAUUGUAAUUUGCUAUUUGCUUUUAUUAGUCAGUAUUUACCAAAAAUAUUGAUGCUUUUUUCUCCCUUGUUUGCCUUGUUUUGGGGGGCAGCAAGAACGGUGGCAAAAGCCCAUUUUGCGACGUUUGCAGGUUAGCUUUCAGAACAGCACAAUCAAUAUGUUCUUUGUCACUGGUAUAAUAGUGCAUUUGUAUUUGAAGUCAAAUUUAAAUAUAUUUG